AAUUCCAAUUUCCAACGAAAAAUGAAAAUGAAUAUCUGCUCGUCAGUGACCAAUUUUUCUUGAUUUCGAAGUGUAAAACAGCUGUUUUUUAAAUACGAUAAAGUCAGUUAUAUAGUGAAAGUGCUUCUUGACGUGUACCAGUGAUCAGUGAUUUUUAUAAACCAGUGUUAAAAUGUUUUAAAUUUACGCACAAAAUGAACAUGACUGUAGAUAUUUCAUUAAUAUUACGAUGAAGGGUGGACUGUGUAUUAUUUACACGUCUUUGCUGACAGUAUCUGUUGUCUCAAGUUGCGCCCUAUUUAUUCUGGCUGUAUCAGAAGCCCUUCAAGUGGACGAUGUUCACGAGGAUGUGGAUCUCUCCGGACUCCACAAUGUGUCUCAGAAUCCAGCUAACCGUGACAGCAAGCUGCCGCAGUUGCCACCAAUUGAACCAGAAGUUAUCGUCGCACCACCUGAAGAGAAGACGGAAGAACCCGACAUUAUGAUAUUUCCAGAGGUGCUGUCGGUCAACUCAGUGACUACAGAUGGAUUACCUGAUACGGGGCAGCCUCCAAUACUCAUCUCUCUGACAGAGAAUGCUAAAUUAGACUUGAAGACUCCUGACGAAUUAUUGUUCGUCAAUGACUCGGAUCAACACAACGACACCAAAAGUUUUACUAUAAUCGAUAGUGGCGCUCAAGACGAGCAAGUCGACGAGAAAGAAAGAGAAAGCACAGAACCUCGACUAAUUGUCAAGGCUAAGCCUAUGCACGAAGACAGACAAGUGGAAGACAUUUUCCACAGCACCUCUGCACCGGAUGUAGACGAAACAAGUGAAUCUCAAAUUGAAAAAGUAGAAGACAACAUUCCAGUAAAACCUGAAACCCCCCAGGAGGACAUUCCCUCGUUCUCCGAGUGGGCCCAGAAGCAAUUGGCAGAGGCAGAAAAGAAGGACACAGUGCUCAACCACUCGAGUCAACCUAGUCAUAGUAACACUAACUUUAGUAGCAAAAGCACUAAAGUGCGAUCCAAGAACUACGCUUCACUCGCGUGCGGGGCUAAAGUCGUCGCCGUCAACCCGGAAGCCGGUUCGCCCAGCUCGAUUCUGUCGCCCAAUAGAGACGAGUACAUGCUCAACACUUGCAACAGCCGAAUAUGGUUCGUGGUGGAGUUGUGCGAGGCCGUGCAGGCGCAGAAAAUUGAAAUCGCCAAUUUUGAGCUUUUUUCUUCUACUCCUAAGGAUAUCGCUGUAUAUUUUAGCGAUCGAUUUCCAACCAGGGAAUGGGCGAGUGUAGGUCAGUUUCAGGCGCAGGACAUGAGAGACGUUCAGAGUUUCGAUUUGUAUCCGCAUUUAUUUGGAAAAUUUAUUAAAGUUGAGAUGUUAUCGCAUCACGGUUCGGAGCAUUACUGCCCUAUAUCACUUUUCAAAGUUUACGGGACCUCGGAGUUUGAGGUUCUAGAGAAAGAGAGCUCCCAGCAUUCUGCGCACAUCGACGACGAGGACGAUGAAAUUAUUGACGUUCCCGACGUCCCCGCCACUGAAACAGAACCGACAAAGAACCUUUUCGGUUCCGCUCGAGAUGCGGUCAUGUCGAUUAUGAAAAAAGCUGCUCAAGCACUAGUAAAAACCGAAGUUCCUAAGAAUAUGUCUAAUGAACAAAACGACACAUCCACUGAUGAAAUGUACAAAAAAUGUUGCUCGCCCAGCCAUAUUAUAGUUUGUGAUAAUUGUAGUGAAACGCUUUAUAAUGAUGUUUUUGAACUACUUAGCUGUAGCUCCGACAGGUUAACUAGUUUAGUGCGCCAAGUUUUCUUAAGAGACACUCUAAAGUGCACGGGUAUUUGUCAGCCGUAUGGACUGGACUUUAAAAGUACAAAGACUAUAGAAUUUGGUGAAGAACGUGUUUCAUACGUAAAUGCUCUUUUUCCGCGAAAGUACAUCGCCGCUUUGUGCAAUAUUCUCGCUAUCAAAGAAAAGAAGGUCGUCCUGAAUACUAGCUUCGAAACAGAAUUAAACGUUACCUCUAAUAUAACAGUAGACGACUCGCCGAUCACAAACACUGACCCUUCGCUCUACCAAGAAGUAAAUUUAGUACCAGUGCAGAAUGAAAGCACCGAAGAUGACUCCAACGAUACCGUCGAUGUUAAUGUAAACGCUGUUGUACCUGAGACAAAUAUAGAGAAAGCUGACACAGAUUUACCAAAAGAAGAUGCUACAGAUGUAGAAAAAGUGGAAAUCAUAACUUCAGAAGAAGAUACACCAGCUCCGGAGCCACAAGAAGAUAUUGUUCCUAACGAAAAAGUAACGGAAUCACCUAUUGAUAAUGAGUCUAAGGAAACUACAAAAGCAGAGGGCAAAAAUGGUAAUAUCGCCAUAGAGAAACCAAAAGAAAUAAAUAAUAAUGGGAAUGAAGACGACCAGGCUAUAAUAAUAGAUAAUGAAAGUUUUAUAAAUGAUUUUGACCAAAUAGCUGUAGAUCCCACGCCGGCCGGCAGUCCGCAGCAACAGAACCAAAAUCAAGCUCAAAGCACAUUGCAGAAGGAGUCCGUAUUUUUGCGACUAUCCAAUAGAGUUAAGGCAUUAGAACGGAACAUGUCGCUGUCGGGUCAGUACCUCGAGGAGCUCAGUCGGCGGUACAAGAAGCAGGUGGAGGAAAUGCAGAAGUCCUUCGAGAAGACGAUCCUGCACCUGACCGACGAGCGCCGCAAGAGCAGCGAGCGGGAACAGAAGUACCUGGAGCAGGUCAAUGCGCUGCAGCAGCAGCUGGCACAGGUCACCGCGGCGCUGAAGAUACUCAUGGACGAGAGGGACAGCUGGUUCGGGACCAUGACGUUCUUCAAAUUCGUGCUGUGCCAGACGCUCGUCGUGACGGCCAUAUUCUACUAUAUGGCGAUGAAACGUAGGCCGCAGACGAUAAUCGCACCGAUACCAAAGAAAAUUAAGAAAAAGCAGGACAAGUUCAGGCGGAAGUCCGUGGAGGGAGUCAGCGGCCACGCGACCCCGUCCGCCAAGAAGCGCCGACCGAGCGAGGAGGCGUUCGCCAUCGCGCGGGAGUCGGCCAAGGACGCGCAGGACGACGACGAGGGCGAGUGGCAGGUCGCCACCAAGAGUAGAAGGAGAAAAACGUCCAUUUUGCACAGAAACGGCGAGGUGGAGUUGAGAAGGGGCCCCGACACCAUCCGGCCGCUGCAGGAGAAUCCGCUGCUGGACGACGCGGAGUUCUACGCGCCCGUGCCCGAGCCCACCGAGUUCGACGACAAACCCGAAGCCAAGGAGGAGUUACCAAAAACGAACGGAUCGUUUUUCAAUAAUUUGAAGGCUAAGACGAUGAAGACGAGGCGGCUGUCCUCGCCCGCGUUUUUAAGGACGUUGAACAGACAGAGUUUUAGAAGCACGCCCAGUCCUGUUGUAAGGACUCUGGAACCUAUCUAUAACGGGAAGGCGGCGAAGAAGGCCGCGUCGGAGUCGCCCACGGGCAGCCUGUGGUCCGAGUCUACGGAUAUCUCGUCCACGCGGGACGCCGAAAGCGGCGGCAAGAAGAAGAAAAGUCUGAAAAAUAUAUUUAAAAAGGUGUUUUAAGACUAUGUGCUUAGUGUUACUCGCUUAACUUGUUAGUGUACUACUAUAAAUUAUGAGUAAUGAAUUUAUUUUUAAUCGUUUAAAUUAUUGUAUAAACUGUAAACUGUUUGUAUCGUUGUUUUAAACCUUUUUUUAGGUGCCAAUGUGAUAAAUUAGGGAGCCUAAUUGUUUGCUUGCUUCGAUUUGAGCGAUGUUAUGUUGGACAAUAACGUGUAUUUGCGUGGCAGUACUAGUCGUGAGUGUUUGGGAUGGCAUUAAAUGCAAACAAUAUUUA